GUAUUGGCAAGUGUCUAGACGGUGCUUUCUACCUACCUGGGUACCCCAUUUUGCUGUGCUCGAUUCGUCUCGGAAGGCGUGGCUUUGAGCACGCAGUGAGAUGCACAUGGAAGACGACUGCAAGCCGCCCCUCGUCCGACCCCUGAGUAAGCGACGUCUUUUGUUUCGCCUUCCUCAUCAGGUUACCCCAUCUCGCCUGUUCCCGUGUUCUUGAAUAUGUCCAUCCCCAUCGUCUGCCUUCAAGCGUCCAGACCUUGCUGUGUGUCCCUGAUCCAGCACAAGAUCGGCGCUUCGGUAAACGUCUUUCUCCCAGCCCCUCCGACGUGCCCUCACGUGCGUGUGAUAGUCCACUCCUCUCCCCAGCGGCUCCGCUCGGACGGACGUGAUCACUCCAGGGUCCAACAACGGUGUCCGGGCAUCCUCGAGGAGUACAAUAUUGCAGGAGAUAAUAAGAAACGAAACAUUGACCCGCCACAGGCUCGCUAACUUGGCUCAGCCACAGGCGCCCAACGACGACACGCGGGACACUCAGGCACCGUCUAGUCCAGCCGCCCACGUUAUAAGUUCUACCACAACCACACUUCAUACCUAGAUAGGUACGCAGGUAAACGAAAAGGUUUGGAGGGAAACAAUGCCACUACUCUACAGGGUUUAGGUGGAAAGAGGAGCAGCAGCCUCAGCAUACUGCCUCCAACGUUCCACAUAUGCCGCGACAGCGACACCCUCGGUUACUAGACCGAUACCCCGCCAACCAAGUCAAGCUGCAGUACGAGCACUGCCAGUACGGAUACUUACAAUUUAGUUUUAGGAGGCUCCGCGCCGAGACUCGGCUUGUCCACGUAUGCGCCAGCUCCGCCUUUUACGCUAUGGCAGAAAAAUGUACUCUGUAGGGUCUCGUGGUUUCUUGCGCCGCAUUUACGGGGCCGACGGGAAGGGUCCGGUCCACCUCUCAAUGUCCCUCCCGUCAGGGCAAUGCUAGCCCUGGUACUCUGUACUUGACCCGGGAACACGUCGCCCAAGCAGGCCUGCGCUGUGCCGCGUACGGCCGCUCACCGCCGGCCCGGUGACGAUGAGAGUCAUAAGCUUAUAACUAGCCCCCCCGUGCCAUGGCGCGAGCAAAGACGAGCAGUAGUACGCGUCUCAUGUGCCGAAAGUCGCCACAAGGCGAGACGCAUACUCAAUCGGCCUUGAUGGAUAGGCCCGAGAUGUCUACUGAUUGCAAUGCAACGUAUAUAACAAGGUACCUAUUCUGUCUGAUUGUGGGAUAGGAUAUUUGCCGAUGUCGGUGGUUGAACGGGUUUCGUGUAUCCUGAUGAAGGUCCGCCGCCUUUGCGUGGCUGAUGCCCUGUCGUCCUCCGCCUCUGCCUGAAUCCAUCGACCCACUCCUGAGCGACCAGACCACGCAGGUCGUAUGGUCUCGAUACCCAUUAUCUUUGAUUAAGAAUAUGCAUUGAACUGGCGCCCAAAACUCUGGGGUUCCGACAUAUUGCUCAAAAGCAACUAUCACUUCGGAUCUUUCUCUCCGAGGUCUCCCGCCACUGAUGACCGCGUGCCACGCACUGGGCAAUGGCUCUAGUGGACUACUCCUCGUCCGACUCUGCUUCUGAACCGGGCUCGCCUCCGGUCAAGCGUCGCAAAGCGUCGGGCUCCGGGACCCACGGCUCCGUGCCGGACAACAACGCUACCGGCGCCGGCGAAUGUCAUGAUAGCGAAACAAAAACCGGUUCUGUGGAUGGCAUGGGCAAAGCCAGUAACUCGGAGGGGUUACCCCCUCUUCCUGCCCAAUUCCAUGAUCUUUACGCCUCCACUGUCCGAACCAGCACCGCCGAUGACCCAAACCUGCACCAAGGUCGGAAGAGGACCAUUCCACACAUUGCUGGCAACUGGCCGUCACACGUAUACAUUGAAUGGCACCCAACUGCCGACCAGCAUUCCCUCCUCGUCGCCCUUCUGGACAAUAUCAAGCCCUUUCUCAACUCGCAGAAGCUGUACCCGCUCCUCACCUCCGACCUCAACGCUCCCCUACCCCUCCACAUCUCUCUCUCACGCCCGCUGUCCCUGCCCACGGCACAGAAGGACCACUUUCUCUCGGCUCUAACACACUCGCUGUCCGCCGCUACGGGGGGGUUCCACAUCUCCCCUCGAGGUAUCGGAUUCUUCAAGUCCCCCGACUCGGACCGAGCCUUCCUCGUCCUCCGCGUCGCGGAUUCGGCCGUCUCGCAGGACACUACCAGCACGAGCGGCAAGAACCCGCAGCUGCAGACACUGCUGACCAAGUGUAACGCUGUUGCCCUGCGCCUCAACCACCCACCCUUGUACCAGACCGACGCCACCGAGCUCGUCGACGACGCUUUUCACAUGAGCAUCGGUUGGACAUUCGGGCUACCGCCGGAGGACGCGUGCUUGCGGACGCGUGCUCUGCUGAAGCAGCCCGACUUCUGCGACGUUGGACAGUGGCAAAUUGGGGUGUCAGGGGUCAAGAUUAAGAUUGGAAACAUUAUCACGCAUGUGCCUUUGACCGACGACUCGAGGGCUAGGAAGAACAGUAUUGUUGAGGAAGUGUUGUACGAGUAGA